AACUUGAGCAUUUACAGAUAAACUUCCAGAUACUGCUCCAGCCUUGAGACACACACAAGUAGUGCUACAAUGAAAGGAAACUCUGCCAAAGCAGGGCUCCCCAAUGGCAACAACCGCAUCAAGGAUAUGCUCUCAACCUCGGAAGAGAAGAUGGAGGAGCGGGGUCAGUGGAGCAACAAGCUGGAAUUCAUCCUGUCAGUAGCCGGCUCCAUCAUUGGCCUGGGCAACAUGUGGCGCUUCCCGUACCUCUGCUAUAAAAAUGGAGGAGGUGCAUUCCUCAUCCCAUACCUGAUCUUCCUUUUUACCUGCGGUGUUCCUGUAUUUUUCCUGGAGACAGCAUUGGGUCAGUACACCAGUGAAGGAGGAAUUACAUGCUGGAGAAAAAUCAGCCCCUUGUUUGAAGGUCUUGGCUAUGGCACACAGGUGAUAGUGACUCUGCUGAACUUCUACUACAUCAUUGUUCUGGCCUGGGGGAUUUUCUACCUCUCUUUCUCCUUUUCUUGGGACCUAGCGUGGUCGUCCUGCAACAACACAUGGAACACAGGUAACAAGUUCACCUUAAAUCACCAUAUACCAUACGUACACCAUAUAUUUUCCUUUGAUAGUGCAAUGUUGCAUAAUUUAUUUUUUCUUUCUUUCUUUCUUAACCCUACAGAACACUGUGUGGAAUUCCAGAGGAGAAACACCUCCACCAACCAGACAAUCCAUCUGAACUCCACCUCUCCUGUCAUGGAGUUCUGGGAGAGAAGAGCACUUAGGAUUUCCCCUGGAAUCGACCAAAUGGGUUCUCUGAACUGGGACCUGGCCCUGUGUCUGCUCAUUGCCUGGGUCAUGUGCUAUUUCUGCAUCUGGAAGGGGGUGAAAUCCACAGGAAAGGUGGUCUACUUCACUGCAACGUUUCCCUAUCUGAUGCUGAUUGUGCUGCUGGUCAGAGGACUCACCCUGCCUGGUGCUGGAAUUGGGAUCCAGUUUUAUCUCUACCCUGACCUGGGGAGACUUGCAGACCCACAGGUGUGGAUGGAUGCUGGCACCCAGAUCUUCUUCUCCUAUGCCAUCUGUUUGGGUUCUCUGACUGCUCUGGGCAGCUACAACAAAUAUAACAAUAACUGCUACAGAGAUUGCCUGGCUUUGUGUUUUCUAAACAGCGGCACCAGUUUUGUAGCAGGCUUUGCAAUCUUCUCCAUCCUGGGUUUCAUGUCUUAUGAACAGAACGUUCCCAUCUCUGAGGUUGCAGAGUCUGGCCCUGGCUUGGCCUUCAUAGCCUACCCCCGUGCUGUGUCCAUGAUGCCCUUCUCUCCUUUGUGGGCUGCCCUCUUCUUCAUCAUGAUUGUUUUUCUGGGGCUGGACAGCCAGUUUGUAUGUGUUGAGAGUCUUGUGACAGCGAUAGUAGACAUGUACCCCGCUGUGUUCCGACGCAAGAACCGCAGGGAGCUCUUCCUGUUAGGUGUGGUCCUCUUCUCCUUCCUCAUGGGCCUCAUCAUGCUGAUGGAGGGGGGCAUGUAUGUCUUCCAGCUCUUUGAUUACUAUGCAGCAAGCGGCAUGUGUCUUCUCUUCAUGUCCAUCUUUGAGACUGUCUGCAUUGCGUGGGUUUAUGGUGCGGAUCGCUUUUACGACAACAUCGAAGACAUGAUUGGCUACCGCCCAGGACCUUACAUUAAGUACUGUUGGUUGUUCUUCACCCCAGCCACAUGCAUUGGUACUUUUGCAUUCUCCCUCAUUAAAUACACCCCUCUAAAGUAUAACAAUGAGUAUGUGUACCCAUGGUGGGGCUAUGUUAUUGGCUGGCUACUCGCUCUCUCCUCUAUGGUCUGCAUCCCUCUUUGGAUGCUAUACAAGAUUAGCACCACCCAGGGAACAUUCAAAGAGCGCAUCCAGCUGCUUAUCACACCUUCUGAUGACUUACCCAAAACUAAGAGGGAGCAGGAGAUGCUACUGGCCAUUUUUGCUCCUGAGGGAGAUGCCACCAAAGCUACAAAUGGCUACUUCCCUGUCUCAGAGAGAGACUCCAACAUAUCAAGCCCCAGUGACGAUGUAAAUGUAUAGGAACCCUACAUGACUACAUCUUCGACUUACUACACCUCUGCCUCCAUUUCAAAUCUCAAAGAUAACUGCAAGUGUCAUAAAGAAAGAACAAAACAAACAACAAAAGUGUUACAGAAUCUACUUUAGAAUGAUAUUGUGGUGAACUUAAGGCAAGGCAAGUCUAUUUGUAUAGCAUAUGUACAAAACAAGUCAAAGUGCUUUACAUAAAACACCAAAAGCAUUACAGCAGAUGAGAAGUGAGAAAAAUAUUUGUACGUUGUAAGAAAAAUAUGAUGAAAUAAAGAUCUAAAAAGUAAUGAAAUACAAAAAAGAAUGCUUGCAGGUAAAUUACCCAAACAAAAUUCAAAUAUAUUUAUUAAUCGACAUGCAUGUGUAUAUAGGACAAUAUUUGGGUCUAACUCAAAGAUGUUAGAAGUAACAGAAAAAUAAGUUAAAACUUUAUUUUUCUGAAGAGUUGGACACCAGUAGAUACUGCAACUUCAUGACGUUUCUUCAUAUGAAGUCAUAUUUGUAAGAUAUUGUAUUAUGAUAAAUGAUUGGGGAAGUUUUCCUUUUUAUAUUAAUGGAAAAUUAAAUAGAUUGUUUUGCUUUAUAGUAGACUUAUGAAUAAAUUGAAGUAUGGAAUAGCAUUAACCAUUAUACUACAGUGGUACUAUAUAGCUAUAAGAUUAACAUGAUCCAUAAACUGUAGUUUAAUUUUUACAAUGUAACAUAAUAUGACUGUACAAAGAAUGUGAAUCUUGUAAGUAUGUUUUAAAUAAAGAUUAUUUGUUGUCUUA